AUGAAUUCCAAGAGAGAUGGUUCUACUUUUACGACGGAGAGGAAGGUGAAGAAAGAAACAGCGAGUGUGAUUCCCGUUGCGAGAAAGCUGGUGAAGACUAUGGCCGUAAAAGCCAUUAUCUCUGCCCUCACACCCUCCGGUUCUAGCCGGAGCUCUGAGUUUUCUGGCGAUGGUGACGGUAACGGAGGCCGCGUGUACCCCACUCGUCCAUGA